AUGCCGAUGAAGGAGUGGAUCUACCAGUUGCAGCCAGUGCAACUCUACAUAGUGCUUGCCCUAUCGUCUGUUUACUUUCUGGUUCAGCUAUUUCUGAGUCAUGUUUCCCAUUCGUUGGUACUGCUCGUCGCUUCCUAUCAUAUGCUGUGCAACAUCAUUGCCCUGACUGGGUGCAUAUGGACCAUUAAGAAAAGUGCCAUACCAUCUGGACGGGAAAGUUGUCCAUUGAAGCAGGAAGCACGCUCAAUCUCACAACAGCUGACAACAGGCGAUGGGCUGGAUAAGUUCGCGGAAGUCAGCCAAGACACGAUGGACGGAAGCAAGAACAGCUCGGAUGGUGGCGGUAAGAGUGCCGAAUAUGCGCUGGAGAUCAAGAAUAACGUGAAGGUGAAAGCACGGCAGGCGCGGGAGAGUACACUGAAGAACACAUUCGGCUGGACGCGCAUCGACAUCCUCACGAUGCUGGUGGUGUGCAUCUUUAUGGCGUCGUUCUGCUUCUCGGCAAUCAUCGAAGCACUGCAAACACUGUCCCACAUCCAUCAUCAGGAUGCGAUGCAUUUUCCGGCUCACAUACUCGUGCUCGGUGCGAUGGGUUUGAUACUGAACGGGUUCUGCUAUCUGUUGAUCGGUGGGUACACGUACCAUCAGGGCAGCUUCCUGUACAUCACAUCGAGCGGAACUGUGAUCCUGGACAACGUCAUCACCGGUGAUGGUGUUCGUAAAGGCGAUCGGCGGCUUUCUGGCUCCCGGAGACAGGUUUCACCUUCACAACUUCGGGAGCAAUCGAAACGGCAGAGCGUGCGUGAGCUGAUGCGCGAUAUUUGCAGUACGGUGAUGGUCAUUAUUUGCUCACUGAUCGUGUACUACACAACGGAAGAAACGGCCAAAUUUGUAGAUCCAGCUCUUUCGAUAGUUUCUUGUAUUAUCCUGCUUACUCUAAGCUAUCCGUACAUGAAAGAGUCGGGAAUGAUCUUGCUCCAAACCAUUCCCAAUACGAUCGACAUAGAAAUCUUCAAGAAAUCCCUGCUGGAUGGUUUCAGGGAUAUAGUUAGUGUGCAUGAUCUUCACAUUUGGCAGCUGAGUGGGAAUCAGUACGUCUCAACUGUGCACAUCAUCUUUGACAACCCGAAGGUGUAUCUCAAGAUCCAGACCGAUGUGAUCGAGUUCUUCCACGAGCAAGGUAUCAAUCAGGUCACCAUACAACCCGAGUUCAAGGUGAGGGACGAAAGGCGCACCCUUGGCAACGGUACCGAGGGUUGCCUGAUCCAGUGUCGCACCAUUGCCCAGUGCGCUAGCCGAACGUGUUGUGACACCUUGUCGCAAGAACAAAUCGCGGAUGUGCCAUUAUUGACGGAAGUGAUCGAUCGGCCACCAAUAGAUGGCACUGUGAAACCGGAAGGCAGUGAGGUCAUUCAAAUGAAUCCAAUACCGACGGUAAAUUCUGACGCAGAGCAUCGUACUGGUCCAGUGGCAGAUGUUUCCAGUGAGUCAAUGACCACUGAAACUGGUGACGGUGGUAAUGAUAAACUAGAGAAACACGGUGCAUCUCAAACAAACGCUGUAGAGAGCGCCGACCAAGCGACUAUACAAACAAGCCAAGUUAAGACUGAAUGUGAGCAGCAUGUGGAAGGUGACAAGGGCACGUCAACGUGA